AUGACGAUUAGUAGGACAUACCACGACGUGGAAGGGUCGGUCUACAUCUUGCCAGCCGACAAGGCCGAGACGGAGCGGCUCUCGUUGCAGCACCGUGUCCUUACGCGCUCGUUUAGAGACCGUCUCUGGACCGCGCCACUGGACAUUCAGCAGCUCGAGGGAGCCGACGUGCUGGACAAUGCCACGGGAAGUGGCGCCUGGCUCUUCGACCUUGCGAAGCGGUGCAAAGAUGCAGGUGUCACGGCAGGCCACCUGAUCGGCACCGACAUGACCGACAAGCAGUUCCCCCAGCUGAAGCUUCAGGAUGUUGGAGCAAAGUCAGAUGGCGCACCUUCGCUGCAGAUUGCCAAUGCGCUUGCGCUGCCCAAAGAAUGGACCAACAGGUUCACGCUGGCCCACCAGCGGCUCCUCACGUUUGCGCUCACCGCGAGCGAGUGGCCCCGCUGCCUGUCGGAGCUGCAUCGGGUCAUCAAACCAGGCGGAUACGUGGAGCUGAGCGAGACGGCACACACAUUAUUUAAGUAUCCAAUUGGGACGCCAGGCGAUCGAUUUGUCCAGCAGCACCUCUUCCCGCUAAUGGACCAUCUCGGCCUUUCCAAAGUGCUGCCCACGACGAUGGAAGAGAUGCUCAUCGAGGCCGGCUUCGUCGACGUGCGCAUCGUCGAGGUCGACAUACCCUUGAACGAGAAGCGGGGCGCCGAGGCCAAAGAAGCCAGCCGCAAUUUCCACGACGCCUUCUGCGCCUUUUCCGAGGCCGUCGUCAAGGCCGGCCUCGUGUCCGCCGAUGAGACAGGCCACCGUGCGCUCAUUGAUGCAGUCCGGAACCAGUGGAACCGGGAGGAUGUGCACCACAAGUUCGUGGCUUGGUCUGCCCGAAAGCCAUAG